CUGAAGGGCACAUUUACGAAAUUGAGUUGCGUUUAAUUGCAGCCAUUUGCUUCAGCCGCAGAGAGCAAAUAGCUGUUUACCACGCGCUCCCGGAGGUAAUAUGUAUUGAUUCGACUUAUCAGACCAAUAAAGUCGGUUUUUCACUGUCCAGCUAGUGGUGACUGAUAGUCUUGAGCAAGGGCACACUGUUAUGUAUGCUCUUUGCAGUCAAGAACGACACGAAGAUGUUGAAAAACUAUUGGAAUGUUUUAAAGAGAUAAUGUGCGGUACUUAUGCUACACGCACUUUCAUUAUGGAUUCGGCAGCGACCGAAAUUUCAGCUGUGCAGUCUACGCACAGUCAUUCUAACAUAAUACUUUGUUCAUUCCAUGUCCUAAGAGCAUUUUUCAGGAAGUUCCGAAAUCCUGAUGUGCGCAAAUGCUUGGAACACCUUGUGAAGACUAGACGGUCUGAUAUAUUUACUCAGAAGUACGAACAUCUAAGGACGCAUUUCCCACGGGCGUGUGAUUACAUAAAAGAUUACUGGAUCGCCAGGAAGUCAAUGUGGACUCGCUGUUACCGGCGACAUGUAUUAAGCCUGGGCAACCACACAAACAACUGUGUCGAAAGUGCUCACAAACAUCUAAAAGAAUGUCUCAGAAGAGGUGAUUCCCUGCUAUUGACGUUCUGGAAAUUUUGGAGUAAAACAGGCAUUGACCUAAGUUUGCGUCCAUAUGACGCUGUAAAGGAUCUUCAACGUUUUCCAAUUCUUCAGGUUCCAAUGUCAUUUCGAACUCUUCUAAAUGAGUUCACAUCUUUUGCAGCUAAAAUUGUAGCUGUAAAUUAUAAACGUGUUCGGACAAUGAGACACGAAUUUACAGAAGGAGAAUACAUCCGGUGCUACGACAAGGGUAUGAUGUAUGUUGUUGAUACUUCACGUGCACGAUGUGCCUGUGAGCGUUUCAAUGACUACAUGCUGCUCUGUGGUCAUAUUUUGUAUGCACAUUCUAAAGAUCUGAUUCGUGGAGACUUAUUUUGACACAGCAAACGGUGGACAAGAAAAUACGUAAUGGACCUGGUUCUUCGUGCGCUGGACAACAUCUCAAUCUCUACAGGGAGUGAUGAUCUGCUAGAGAAGUUCACUAACAACUACCACUCAAUCCAUGCUCUUAGUGAACCUUUGUCGAGUAAACUCAUCCAUUCAUGCCUCGAAGCAUCGGAAGACAUAUGCACACAAGUGAUGAGUUCAGUCGGUGCUAAUGAUGAAGCUACAACGUCAGAAUCCAUUGUUAAUACAGACCAUAGCUAUGCUUCUUGAUAACAAGAAGUUCUAAUAUUGUAAUCCCCUUAGUUUUACAUAAAUUCAUUUAUAUGGC